UUUGAUGCUUCUGCCAACUACUCCCGAAUUCUUUAUCGACAGCAAAAUGUCACCCAGCCGCAGGAAGGACAGGAUGCUGCUAGAUUGCUCGAAGUCUUUUCCGGGCGCGAUUGUGUGCAAAUCAAUUUUUCGGCAGAAGCUUUGUAUCCGAUCUUGGGGUGGUCGUGUCAGAGUCCUGAGAAUGGGAGUUGCUAUCAGACAAAUUAUACGAUCCAGAGUUUCUUGGUUGUUAGCGCGUCAAAGGUCAACGGAGGCAGUGGGAAGUGUUGGGUUGCUUCUAUAGGUGAUGCUGGGGACAGCGUCGGAAGGAGUAAUGCAUUAGCUUUGGUAGGCGGGGCUGUGGCACUGUUUGCUGCUGCUUUGAUUUGA